UUCAGGCUGCUAAACAGUUUAUAUUUAUAUUUACUAAAUAAAAGAUAUUUGAUAGAUAUUUAAAUCAUCCGUGAAUAGAUACUUUUUGAUUUUAAGCUGAUAACAAAGCGAUUAACUAAAUUAAACUGCUUAUAAUAUUGCAUAUUUUGAACAAAUAUAAAGAUUUAAAUUUAACUGAUCGUGUUACACUGUGUAGUAAUGGGAUCUAUGCUGAUGACAAUACUCUCUUUGAGGAACAUUUUAAUCGUGGUCCUGACACCGCUUCUGCUUCUUCCACUACUAAUCUGUAUAGAAGGACAGGAAUCAUCAUGUGCCUACGUGAUGCUGAUUAUGGCAAUCUUCUGGGUCACAGAGGCGCUUCCUAUAAACGUUACAGCUCUACUUCCGGUUUUUAUGUUUCCUGCCGUAGGAGUUAUGUCGGCCGGAGAUGUCGGCAGUGUUUUCUUUAAUAGUACGACAUUGAUGUUCAUCGGGGGAAUGACAGUAGCCGUUGCAAUAGAAGAAUGGCAAAUACACAAACGUAUUGCACUGAAAACGCUUCUGACCGUUGGAGCACGUCCAGUUUGGUUGAUGUUAGGACUGAUGUUGACAGCGUGGUUCUUAUCAAUUUGGAUCAGCAAUACAGCAACUACAGCCAUGAUGCUUCCAAUAGUUACCGCAAUUCUUAAUGAGCUGAAGGGCAAUAAAACGUAUAAGAAACAUGAAUCACCAGAAUCAAACCAGGUAGAACUGUUGCUGGUAAAAAAGGCAGACGAGAAUGGUCAUAUAGAUUUUAAUGAGCAAGCAGAUGUAGAAAUCCAUGUCUCCGCUGAUGACGGAAACGGUCAUAACAAAGAAAAUGGAGUUAUUCAGGUGAUUGAUGAUGACGAUGAUGGUGAGGAAGCCGACGAAUCAUGGAGCCGAAUGAGCAAGGCUCUCUCACUUUGUAUAGCCUACUCGGCAAAUAUUGGUGGCACUGCCAGCAUGACCGGUUCCACACCUAACCUUGUACUGAAAGGCCAGUUAGAAAUGGUGUACGGAAAACUCGGGAAAGAAUCUCCAGUCACAUUUGGAGGAUGGCUAUUAUUCGGAAUUCCGACAACAUUUGUGAUCGUCAUAUUAUCAUGGCUUUGGCUGCAAGCAUAUUUUCUAAGAUGCAGAGGAUGGUCUGGGUGCUGUGUGAAGAAAGACAAUGUUAAUGAAUCAUUGGUCAGGCAAAUUCUCAAGGAACAGUACAAGAAACUCGGCUCGUUCAGUUUCGGCCAGAUUGCGGUCAUGUUCCAUUUAGUGGCUAUUGCCCUGUUAUGGAUAACACGUGACAUGGGAGGUUCAUCUGGUUGGUCAGGCCUUUUUAAAGAUAAGUUUAUAAAAGAUUCUGUACCAGCAAUUUUUGUUGGAUGCUUGCUAUUCAUAUUCCCAUCACAGUUACCCGGAUCACAAAUAGACAGUAAUAGAGAAUCAAAAUUUCCAAUGUUGAAACCUUUACUGACAUGGAAAGUGUUUAAUGCGAAGAUGCCAUGGGGAAUUGUUUUUCUGCUGGGUGGAGGAUUCUCCAUGGCGAAGGCCGCCCAGGUAUCUGGACUGUCAGCAUGGAUCGGGAACCAAUUAUCAGAAUUGACACAUUUAGAGCCAUGGUUUCUCAACUUGGUUCUCUGCUUCAUUGUCGCUGCCGUUACAGAGGUCACCAGUAAUACAGCUACCACAUCUUUGAUGUUACCAAUCUUAGCAGAUUUGUCGAUCACUAUCGGUAUAGAGCCUGUCUACUUGAUGUUUUCUACUGCCGUUGCUUCUUCCUUUGCAUUCAUGCUGCCUGUAGCCACGCCUCCAAAUGCUGUCGUAUUUUCGUAUGGAUUCAUCAAAGUUAUUGAUAUGGUGAAAGCCGGUGCUAUGCUGAAUAUAAUAGCAGUCCUGGUCCUAGUCGCUAGUAACGAAUUUCUUGGCAAACUAAUUUUUGGCAAUAUGUGAUAAUGGUGAAAAUGGCACAAAAUGACACAUUUCAUCGAUUCUAAUACCACAUUAGUGUUUUGACAAUGAUGGAAAAUAGUAUCUAGAGCUAUUCUGUGUAUAGUCAAGACAUGGCUGAUUGUUUUAAGUUAUAGGAUACGUUAUGAAUAUUGACGUGGAGUAGUUAACAUUUAUCGAAAAUGUACUGUAUUUAAAAUGAUGUGAUAGUCGUUUUGAAAAUAAAUUAGUACACUUUUCAGCUUCUAUAUACAUUUCACGAUGCACAAUGUUUAUAUCUUCAGAACUCUGACUGACCUUCAUCUUCAUUCUGGUAUGUGGAAUACUUCGGUCCCCGUAUUUGUAUACAUUGAAUGCCAAAAUAUAUGCAAACAAGUUUAAACUUUGCUUUGUGAAUAUUGCCAUUAUGAAUGAAAUGUACUUUUAGGAUUAGGAAGCGAAACCCUGUGUAUCGUUUUAUGUUGUAUAUAUUGGUGUUGUUUUCAAUUUAAAAUAUUUCAAAGUCCUUGCUUCACAUUUUUAUUGCUGUUCUGAAUAGAGGAGAUACAUAUCUUUAUUACCUGCUAUUUAAAGGCCUAUAUAGUAUGAAAAUGGACAAAAGGAAACAAACCUUUCAGUGGCAUUCUGCUCAUUUUACGCCGUUGAAUGCACUAUUAUGUGCUUUGUUAUUUCUUAUCCUUAAGUUGAAGAAAAGGAUUGUUUAAAAUGAAUUCGGACAAUACAUUUUCCCAUUAAUUUGGCGUAUGAUACUUUAUUACCUUUUUAAUAGCUUGUUUCAUCAUGUUUAGGAAGUACAUAUACCUAUAUAUUUUUGCAAAGGUCUUUUCAAUCUCCAAACGGAUAAAACCGCUCACGGAGCUUAUGACAACAAAAAGGUAUAGUUAACUUGGAGAAAUCAUUAUCAAUCAUCAAUAUUUUAUAGUGCUUAUAUCUAAGGGUGACCCCCUAUACCAUUCUAUUUUCAUUUACCUGCUCAGGGGAACCGUUCCAAAGAAAAAACGAAUUAUAUUUUUUUCAAUCUUA